AUGGCAAAUAUUCAACCCCCCCCGGCACCCAUCGAGCCCACCCCAACUUGUGUGCGCUGCGUGUCGAAAGUGGCCCUCGAUCCUACCUCGCGCUGCAUCCUUCACCAGGCAAGCCGGCGUGCUAUUGCCAUGAAGGCCGAUGCGAAGUGCACAUACUGCCGGGACCAACGGGGAAGAUGCUUGAAGUGCCCUUCAGCACUCAAGCCGGAGAUUUUGGAGCUCCAACAACGAGCCCAGGACUACAAUACCUGGGUCGAUGGACAAAACCUACUUCCGCCUGCUCUUCGUAGCACCUGGGUCUUACCAAAGAAGACCGUCCCGGCUGUGUGCCCCAGGAAUGCACCGGAUGUUUACAAAGAGCUACAUAGAGCUCAAAAAGUGGUUACGAAUGGGAUUCGCAGAGCCCAGAAGGGUGUCUCUGGGUGGAAAACCAUGAGGGAUGUCAUGAAGAACAUCACCAUAGGACUGGAUCCUGUGGUUAGGAAUGGUGACAACCGUGGCUACUGGUGGUAA